CGUCGCCGGCUACAAGUUUCUUUAAGUGAUAGGAGUUACGUAAACUAUACAUGAAUGUCGUCGGUGCAUAUCGGAUUAUGGCCGUUCAUUGUACAAGUGUCUCUUGUCCAGUUUACCAACUAUAAAUUGCGCACAUUCUUUCACAUUAAUGGUUUACUGAUAGUACUACGGUGUAUUUAUUAUCAGAGGGCUUCGGUGGACUUAUUAUCAACAUGUCUGAUAAUCAUUUAAACCCAUAUGAAGCCAUUCCGCAUUUGGCACACGACCUAGGUCCCGUGAACUUCAUCCGAGCUUUGACAAACAACCGCUUCUUUCACCAGCUGUUUAUCAACCGAUGAAACAAGGUGAGCCAU